AUGGAGACGAACGGGACCCGGUGUGGCGAGCAGAUCCUCAGCUACGGACGGGUGGAGAAAGUCCUAAUCGGUGGGGUCCUCACCAUGCUCACGCUGUCCACCAUCUGCGGGAACUUACUGGUGGUCAUCUCCGUGUGUUUCGUCAAGAAGCUGCGCCAGCCGUCCAACUAUCUGAUCGUUUCUUUGGCCAUGGCAGACCUGUCAGUGGCUCUGGCCGUGAUGCCGUUCGUCAGUAUCACGGACCUGAUAGGUGGUCAGUGGAUAUUCGGACAGUUUUUCUGUAACGUUUUUAUUGCCAUGGAUGUAAUGUGCUGCACCGCGUCCAUCAUGAGUCUGUGCGUAAUCAGCAUCGACAGGUAUUUGGGAAUCACAAAACCCCUGACGUAUCCUGUCCGGCAAAACGGCUGCUGCAUGGCCAAGAUGAUCCUGUCAGUGUGGCUCCUCUCAGCCUCCAUCACCCUACCUCCUCUGUUCGGCUGGGCGCAGAACGUCAACGAUGGCAGAGUCUGCCUCAUCAGUCAGGACUUCGGCUACACCGUCUACUCUACAGCGGUGGCGUUCUACAUCCCCAUGUCAGUGAUGCUGAUCAUGUACUACAGGAUCUACCGGGCGGCCAAACUCAGCGCUGCCAAGCACACCAUCACUGGCUUCCCCAGGGAAGGGGAGCACUAUGCAGAUGAGGAGGAGAGCUUGGACUGUGUGGCAGCUGCGUUGAAGCUCCAGCGUGAGGUGGAGGAGGAGUGCAGCACACGAGUCUCUCGCCUCCUCAAGACUGGUGAACACCACCAGCGCCGAAAGAGAAAAAAUCAAUCCAUUUUCAAACGGGAGCAGAAGGCCGCAGCCACUCUGGGCAUCGUGGUCGGCGCCUUCACCUUCUGCUGGCUGCCGUUCUUCUUGGUGUCCACUGCUAGGCCGUUCAUCUGCGGUGUGGAGUGCAGCUGCGUGCCGCUCUGGCUGGAAAGAACUCUGUUGUGGCUCGGAUAUGCCAACUCCCUCAUUAAUCCCUUCAUUUAUGCAUUUUUCAACCGUGAUCUGAGGACCACCUAUAGUAACCUUCUGCGGUGCCGCUACAGGAACAUCAAUCGGAAGCUCUCGGCUGCUGGCAUGCACGAGGCUCUAAAACUGGUGGAGAAACCAGAUACUGAUGUGUAA